AAGGGCGGAGCAGGUCCGGGGCCGGCCCCGGCCGCCCCCGCCCCUGCCGCGCGCCGGUACGGGCGGCUGUGGCGGCGGUCGGGGCGCUUCCCUCCGCCCCGGCGGCUCGGCCGUUAGAGCGGGGCGGCUCCCGCGAGAGGCGGCGCCAUGGGGGCGCACGGCGUCAAGGCGGUGUUCUUCGACUUGGACAACACGCUGGUGGACACGGCGGCGGCGGGGCGGCGCGCCAUCGAGGAGGUGAUAAAGGCCCUGCAGUCGAAGCACCACUACGGCGAGGGGGAGGCCCGCCUCAUCUGCGACAAGGUGCAGGCCAAGCUCCUCAAGGAGUGCCACGACCCCGCCAAGAUGUGCAUCACCGACCUGCGGAUCUCCCACUGGGAGGAGGCCAUCCAGGAGACCACCGGCGGGGAGGCCAACCGGCACCUGGCCGCCGAGUGCUAUUUCCUGUGGAAAACAACCCGGCUCCAGCACCUCACCUUGUCCGAGGACACGCGGGGCAUGCUCACCGAGCUGCGGAAAGGCCUCCACCUGCUCCUCCUGACCAACGGCGACAAGCAGACGCAGCGGGAAAAGAUCGAAGCCUGCGGCUGCCAGCCCUACUUCGACGCCAUUGUGGUGGGGGGAGAGCAGAAAGAAGAGAAACCAGCCCCAUCCAUAUUUCAUUACUGUUGCGACCUCCUGGGGGUGCAGCCGGCAGAGUGUGUGAUGGUUGGGGACUCUCUAGACACAGAUAUUCAAGGAGGCCUGAACGCCGGCUUGCAGGCGACUGUCUGGUUGAACAAAGCAAUGACUACCCCGGUAGAUAUCUCCCCAGUACCUCAUUAUAUCAUUUCUUCUGUUCUGGAUCUUCCAGCAGUUUUACAGAAGAUGGAGCACAAAAUUAAUUCUAAGUUAGGAACUGACUAUACGGCUAGUGGUAAUGAAGCACACUGACGGUUCCAGAGAUGUGCUGAGCAGUUAGGUGACUCACGCUCUUUUAAAAGAUUCGACCCUAGGAUUUUGAACUCGUGUUCGGUAUGCUUUCUUCAACAGCAGAUGGAUGAGUAAAAGCACAGUUGUCAGUGAAAACAGGAUAGAAACAAAGAAUUAGAUUAAUUUAAAAGGUGCAAGUGCAGCUAAUUUAAAAGAACUGCCUCUGUCUAGAAAUUAUUUUGACAGACUGUGGCUAAAGUCUAUCUGUCUCUGACCUACAUCGCCAGUCUCUUGUUUUUGUAGCAGAAAAGAAAAUUUGAAUGUUUUGAUCUUUCACAUGCUUUGCUGACUUGUAAGUUUAGCAGAAGCUUCAGCUCAAACCUUGUUUGCAGUGUGUAAAAGAAGGUGAGAAAGAGAGUGUGGUACGAUCUGGUAAAUCUUCACAAUUGAUCUGCAGUUUAUCUCAGGAACUGGAGUGAAUUUUGCCAUUUCUAAAACCAGAAUUUAUUGGCAGAAUUUAUCAUGUAUCAGACCACUAGAAAAUGCCCUACCUUUGAUCUUUUUUUCAAGUUGUAGAAUUUUUUUUCAGGCUUUGCAGUGAUUUAUCUUUUAUGGAAUCUGUACCUCUUGCCAAAAGUACAUAAAUAUAAAUUUAAAAAUUGCAUUUGUGUAGGGGACCAUUUAUCAGAGGGACUUGAUGGAUAAGUUUUUACCUUUUAUUAUCUUGGUGCUUACGCAGCUAUGCAGUAUACUUGUAAUUCAGAUUAUGAUUUUUGUUGGAAUGUAAUUGAUAAAACAGAGAUAUUUUCGAUGUUCUUACUGUACUGUCAAACUCUUUAAAAGGUACUAUUAUUGUUCUGUCUGAUUUUAUUAGUGGAUUUUGAUCAGACUUUUUGGAGAAAUUGUUCUUGAUCUUGCUCAGGUGUAUGACUACUCAGAUUCAACUGCAGGAUCAGUGCUUUUUUUGACUGUUUUAAUGGCACUGCUACACAAUCCCUCCUUACUCCAGUUUCUACAUGUAUUUCAUGUGAUCUACUCUGGAGAAAAUAUGAGCUAGUUGUUUGUAAAUGGCUUUCAUGACUCCCUUCCAGGAAACUGGAAAAUUAUGUCAUAUGUAUUACGGUACUAUGUACAAUUUUAAAUAUAUAAAGCAUAUAUGCUGUUUCCACUAGAUGCAGGAGAUGACUCUCUUAAAACACUGAGAUUUCUCUUUCCCAGAUCAUUAUCUUAAUAAUUUCUUUUUUCUGUACUUCAUAUUAUUACUAUAUAAUGGGAAAGUAUUCCCAUAUUAAAUGGAAGUAUAAACACUUGUUGGAAAACCUGUGUUUUUCCAAAUCUGUUUUAUAUAUAUAUAUAUUGGGCUGGAUAUAUGACAAUAUCUGAGCAAUCGCAUUUUAUACUUCAGUAUAAAUCCAUGACGAAUCUUUUGAGAGCAGGGAUAUUGAGGUGCUGGCAGAAGAGUGUCUGUCUUGUGGGCAGCAAUAAAAGGUCAGCAAAAAGUACAGAAACCUACCAGGAAAUGGGUGUGUAGAAGGAAUCCUACACGCAAGAAAGUUUCCUUUGUUUAACUUGACACAAAUCUAAGUUAAUGUAUUUAAGUCUUGCACAGGAUAACAGAUUCAGUUUAGAGGAGGCUAUUACUGAUAUGGAUUGAAUUAUUUGUCAAAGAGUUUAGGUUGCAUCAAAAUAUGUUGCUCCUACAUUGAGGGUGGGGAAAAAAAAAAGGAAAUACUCAUUGAAGUUUGAACCCCUUUCAUCCAAUUGUCCCUUAAAAAAAGGUAAAGCCGUCCAGGUUCUUCAUCUUAUCUAGCCAAGACCUUUGAGAUCAAUGAAGAGAAUAGAGGCAGGCCCCACCUGUACCUUUGAGGAAAUGGGCAUAUGCUAAAAAUAAUCCAAUUACAGUGGUAUACUAAGUUGCCACAUGUAACAUGAGCCACUGGGACUGACUUGACACACCUUUACUGAAGUAAGAAGCCUAAUUUAAGAUUUUGUUUUGCGUUUGGAAGAGCAUGAAAAUGGUUGCAGGUUUAGCUGAUGAGCAAAGCGUUGCUAAUAACAUUCCUUAUAAUCAAGGACCGAGAGAAAAAUAAUAAAGAUCACUGAGCCUAUGAGGAAUACUGUGUAAAAAUAGAAACAUAUCCAAAAGGUUAGAUGGAUCCCUGAAAAGAUAAUGCAUUUGAAGUGAUCUGUUUUAACCAUACUGUCUGAUACAAAAGCAACAACUUUGCUUACAACAGCAUCCCAGAGGAGCUGCAGUAUAACUCUGCAGUGUUUGCACAGCAUCAGGGUAAUAGAAUUUAGGUUAGAAUGAGGUUUCUGUGAUUUAAAACAACAAAUAGUAAUAAUUCACAAUUCUGUCUGUGGCCUUGAAGGAUAUAUAAGUUGAGGCUCAUAUUCUCUUGCCACUGCAUCAUUCUGAAGUAGGAUGUUGAGCCUGCUUAUUGUAUAAAGGGUCCGAGGGUCUCUUGUUUUAGAAGAGGCUGCUCUUUGUUUUGCACGUGGCCAGUCUUUUUCUUAAAUCUAUGAAAAACCACUGUAACUGAACACUCAGGUGAUAGUGUGGUCUGCAGAGGCCACAGCUGAGUAUAUUUUUUCCAUUGCUGGGUUCUGUACCAGGCUGGAUGUGACUACCAGUGUCCAGAUCGGGCAACAGUGUUAUGAUGCUUCUAUAAAACAAGAAGAAACAGUAGAAGUGAUUUUUCUAUCUAGGGUUCUUAGAAGCAGUUACCCAAUAAACUGGAUUAGGUGUCUGGAGUAUCUCUAAAUACUCAAGAUGUUUUUCUUGGAUGGAGCUCUUACAGAAAGCCUAAUGAAAAAUAAUUAUAUUUAAUGAAAUGGAAACAUAAAUGUAGUGAUGGGAUAAUUUUCACAUCAGAAGCAGGAAUAGAUCAAUAAAACAGUCUAUAUUCAGUUCCAGUUCAGCUAUGAUUUUGCUUAGUGUUAUGCUCUAUUAGCAAAGUUGUCUAGUUUAUAUUGCCGAAACACACUAAAUAAAAAGAGGAAAAAGUAAUUCCAUCUAUAUUUUUAAGAAAGUUCUAUUUUUUUCAGAUAAAUGUUAUCUCCUGAGGUUAACCUACAGAAACUUUGACUUUAGUGAAAUGAACUGAAACAAUAGUUUGGUACCACCUGUGUUUUAACUCUUGAUUUAAAAUAGCCCAUGUACUAGUCUAAUAAAAGUAUUUUGUUUAUAAAACAUUUAUUUUAAUGCUCUGUAUUACUGUGGAUAACGAUGUUUGUGACCAGGUUUACA